CAACUGAAUAGUAAUUUUGCUCCGUGCGUGUGAGAAAAGGAAGAAAGGAGGGUAGCUUAUAGUGAAGUGCUGCUGGGUUGGAAGAAGGGUACGGGGUAGUGUUUUUUUAUUAUUAUUGUUCGUACACUCCGCCCGUUUCCACCUCCUUAUCCUGGCGAAAGGUUGAACGGUUAAAAUGGAGGCGGACAGAUCCGGCGGUGGACCAAACCCGAACUCCGGAGGCGGCGGCAGCAGCAGCGGAGCGGGGCGCAACCCAAACGGGCCCAAAGCAGCACCGGGCCAGGCGUCAUCAGCUGCGGCGACCGGGGCGAUGGCAGCAGCAGCGGCCGCAGCGGCGGCGGCCGGGGCCAUGCCCGGAUCGUCGCAGCAACGGGAGCCGCAGGACGGGGACUCGGGUAUGACGCUUCCUGGGAUCCUGCACUUCAUCCAGUACGAGUGGGGACGCUUCCAGGCCGAAAAAUACCGCUGGGAGGCAGAGAGAGACGAACUCAGGGCUCAGGUGGCGUUCCUACAGGGGGAGAGGAAAGGGCAGGAGAAUAUGAAACAGGACCUGGUGAGGCGGAUCAAAAUGCUAGAGUACGCCCUCAAACAGGAAAGGGCUAAGCAUCAGAAGCUGAAGACAGGAAACGACCAGAGUCCCGGAGACAAGAAACCAGAGACUGAGGCAGACCAACUUCCCAAUGGGCCGGCUGAGUCAGACUCUGAGCCAGCCAAUCAGAUGUCCUGGAAGGAAGGACGUCAGCUACUACGCAAAUAUCUGGAGGAAGUGGGUUACUCAGACACCAUCCUGGACAUGCGGUCUAAGCGUGUGCGCUCCCUGCUCGGGCGAAGCAGCCCCGAGGCUAACGGGCCCCCACCGAGCGAAACCUGCCCUGAGCCUGAGCCCCGGGCAGGUGGAGAGUCGUUGUUGGUCAGACAGAUAGAAGAACAGAUCAAGAGGAAUGCGGGCAAGGAAAGCUCUAAGGAACGUCUGGGUGGCUCCGUGCUGGAUAAGAUCCCCUUCCUGCACGGCUGCGAGGAUGAUGAUGAAGACGACAGCGAUGAAGAAGACGACUUCCAAGGCAUGGCUACUGACUGCAUCGAUGGACCGCGCAAGAACAAAAAGUCACGUGUAAAGAUGGGUUCGGAGCCCAUGACCACAGACCUGGACCCAGAGGAUGAGGAAGACGAAGACGACUCAGAAGACGCCCUCGGAGAAUUUGACUUCCUGGGCUCGGGGGAGGAUGGGGAGGGGGCGGGAGAGGCCCGGAUCUCGGGGGACGGACGGGAGCUAGAGAACCGCAGGAACAAGUUACAAGGCAUGAUGUCGGACUUCCCCCCUAAACCUACCCCACCCCCUUCCGUAUCGGGACAGGCUCGCUCCGGUGAAGGUGGCGCCCUGGGUUUCUCCUCUGAUGUCUUCAUCAUGGAUGCCGUUGGAGGAGGGGACAUGAACCUUGGUGAACUGGCUGAUCUCACCGUCGCAAAUGACAACGAUCUCUCCAUGGAUAUGCAGGAUAACAGAGAGGAGUUUAAGAAGACAUGGAACCCCCGUUUCACACUACGCAGCCACUUUGAUGCAAUACGCGCUUUGACCUUUCACCCCAGCCAAGCGGUGCUGCUCACGGCCUCUGAGGAUGGAACACUAAAACUGUGGAACCUCAACAAGGCCAUGCAUUCUAAAAAGAAUGCAGCUUUGGAUGUUGAACCCAUCUACACGUUUAGAGCGCACAGUGGAGCUGUUCUGUCACUGACCAUGGGCGAGGAUGGAGAAUCCUGCUACAGCGGAGGUCUAGAUGGAACCGUCAGGUGUUGGAAGAUGCCUGACCUCAAUGUGGAUCCUUAUGAUAACUAUGAUCCUGGCAUUGAGAGCAGCGUACUGGCCGGCCACGAGGACAGCGUCUGGGGUCUGACCUACUCGGCAGUUCACCAUCGUCUUGCCUCAUGCUCGGCUGACGGCACCAUUCGCAUCUGGGACCCUCAGAACUCGGCCCCCUGCCUGUCUGUCUUCAAUAAGGAGAGAGAGCAUGGAACACCCACCUCAGUGGCCUUUGUGGCCACCGACCCUAACCAGGUGGUGGUGUCAUUUGACGGUGGUGAGACACUGCUCUACGACCUCAACACGGAGCAGAGUGUCACUGCGUUAGAGACACAGACCAAGGAUGGCAGUGAACUGAUCAAUCGAGUGGUCAGUCACCCAUCUGAGCCCAUCUCCAUCACUGCACACGAGAACCGCACCAUCCGCUUCUUAGACAAUAAGACAGGUAAAGUUGUCCACUCAAUGGUGGCUCACCUGGACGCCGUCACCUGUCUUACAACAGACCCUAAAGGCACUUACCUCAUCUCUGGCAGCCACGACUGCUCGGUGCGCCUGUGGAUGCUGGACAACAGGACGUGCGUGCAGGAGAUCACAGCCCACAGGAAGAAGCACGACGAGGCCAUUCAUGACGUGGCCUUCCACUCUUCUCAGCCCUUCAUCGCCAGCGCUGGCGCAGAUGCACUUGCCAAGAUCUUCGUCUGACAGCACUGUCGUCAUUCUGAGUCCUACAACCAUAACUGGGCCAAAAGAGACUGAAGACUACAGUGGACAAAUUUCACUUGCUUACACACACACACACAUACACACACACACACUUGUCCUGCACCCCACUGGCUGGGUCAUCGCCACAGGACGUCACCUCCCCCUCGAUUCCUCACUGUUCUCUGAUGCCUCAGUGACUUCUUAUAAUACUACUCACACUGCUUUUUUAAGACUUUUAAGAUCCCGGCUGCUCCGUUUUCAAAUAAUCAUAUCUGGAGUAACUCUUUUUCUACACUACAAUAUUCUGUUCUGCAUUUUUAUUUUUCUUUCAGUCUGCCAACGGUUAUUACAAAGGACCGUGUGUGUGUGCGUGUUUGUGCGCUUAAACUGCUGACACACUACUCACAUUUCACAGAGAACCACAGAGGAAACACUCACACUGCAUAGCACGCGCAACGCACAAAUGCACUGUCGCAUUUCAUUUGAGAGCAUUUUUUUAAAUAGUUGAAAAAUUGCUUGUUUCUAACAUAACGUAUGUAGGCAUGGUUUUAAAACUGUUCCCAGUGUCAGCAGAAAAACACCUGACCAACCUCUGCAUUGGGAAUCAAUGUAUUACAUUCCAAAGACUCCAGAGGCAGAGUGUGUGUGAGUGUGUGUGUGUGUGUGGUGACGGAUUUGGGGUUGGAGAAUGUUUAACUUAGUUGUGUGUGUGUGUGUGUAUGAGUGUGAGUGAAGUAAGGAGGCACUAGACCGUCGCUAACCAGUGUUGAACAGAUAGCUUUAAUUUCACCUUUAUCGCCAAGACACCAAGUCUCAUCAUAUGUUUGAGUAUUACAGCGUCCCCAUGAUUCUGCCUCUACUAAUGUGUGUGUGUGUGUGUGUGUGUGUGUGUGUGUGUGUGUGUGUGUGAGAGUGAGAUCAACCGUCACUCUGCUGUACAAGAUAAAUGAACAUAUUUACAUGAUCAUGGUCCAUUUCUACAGAUGUACAGUUUGGACUUGACUCUGCAGCCUGAUGCUGUCACACCAUAUUAACCAGCUAAAGAUGGAUAGCAGUUAAACUCUACAGACCACAGGGGUGUGAGGCCAGUUUGUAUGCUCCCAACAAAUGACGCUGACUGUGUCAUUUGGUGCUUUUUACUGUACAGACAAGUGUGUGUGCGCGCGUGUUUGUAUACGCACUAGUUAAAUCGUGGUGCUAUGAGAAACCUUGUCAGUCUUGAGUCAGAAUCAGGGACCAGUUUUUGUGUGUUUGUGUGUUGUGUGUGUGUGUGUGUGUGUGUGUGUGUGUGUGUGUGUGAAAAAGCGAGACUGCGUUUCUCACUCAUCGGGCUAUAGGUGUACAUGUAGGAGUGAAACAACUUUUUCAGUGACAUUUCAUUGUUGAAUCAUUUCAUUUGACUGUGGUCGCAUUUCAGAAUUAAGUCACUGUCGGUGUUUCGCAUCAGAGAGAUGUGAAUGAUGUCAGCAUUGGUGGGUUCAGGCCCUGAGGAGGAGCUGAUGAUGAUUAUAUUACAGCGAGGACCACAUGGACUUGAAAUCAUUAUUGUCUUUUUAAUUUCACCCUGAAGUUGGCGUCGGUUUGUGGGCGUGUAUUUAUUCAGGCUUUUUUCGGGGGGGUGGGGGGGCCCUCACCUUCAGUCGUGUGUUGAGGUUCCCUCUACUUGUUUGACGUGCAUCAGUUGCACAGUAGCACAUUACCCAGAGGGCUAAUGAUGUGAAGCUGGUCUCCUCUUUCUGAAGAGGCAUGCUGGGAGAAAUAGCUCCAUGGGGAGAAGAAAAAGAAGAAAUUCCCACUUUUGAAUUCAACUGCUUUUUUCAGAAAGAUUAAGAAAAAAGUAUUGAUUUAAGAUAGUGUAGGUGUGAGUAACAUGAUUCAGCACCGAAUCCACCUUGCUGAUGUGUUAAGACUUGGAAAAUAACCAGAGAAGGUUUGGAUUAAGAGGGAACAUUGUUCCUUUGAGACACCUUGCAUCUAUCUCUACCUGUGUCCUGGGUUUAUACUGAUAACUGUUGGACACAUGUUUGCUUUAGGUAAAAGUUGCCCCCCCCCAACAGCUGACCUUACUUCAAAUUACUUGACUGGUAAUGUUAUCUAUUACCUCAAGAAGACUGAUAAAAUCUGGUGUUAAAUCAGCUGUCAAAGGGGGACAACGCUCCACCUCUUCAAGAUUACAGGGUCACAUUAGGGAUCAGACGUCAGUAGUAGCCUAGAGGUAAGCACUCCUCUCCUAAUCACUGGGGACACUACCAUUUGUAGUUCAGAUGUUUUGUUUUGUUUUUCUCAAACAGGGUGGGGGACUGUUGUCUGAAAUGAGACAAGAUGUUAUUUCGCUGUAUAUCUUUUUUUUUUUCGAUAUGAAUCUGUCAGAGUACAACCAGGUGCAACUACAUUAUUGUACUGCUGCUGGGCCUGAUGUCCUGUUCUCACACUUAGUCACUAUGUGGUUUGGUUCCACUUUGCACUACAUCUAAUAGUGGAUGCUGUUGCCUAGGAGUAGUUUAUAGACAGACAGCGUGCAGAGAUAAUGUAUGCAGGUAUUUCUAAUACAAUCUGGAGUACAUACUACAAGGAUUGAACCUGCUGUGGCUCACAGUUUUUUGUUUUUGUUUUGUUUUGUUCUGUUUUGUCCUGAUAGCGAGAGUAACUGGUGGUUUCUUUUCACUUUGAGCGUCUGGGUCCCCUCUCUGAAAACAAAGACAAAUCAGUAUGACACAUCAAAAAAGAAAAAAGAAAUCGAAACAGAGGUUGUAAAUGAUGACUAGAGAUGCCAUUACGUGCUGUAAAUGUCCAUCAUUUCCUUGUUUUCUUUCUUGCAUUUCUUUUCUUUGAUUAUGAAUAUGAUUAUUAAGAUGUAAGAAUACUGUAGUAUCAUAAGUGAAUCAUUCUUCCUUGCUAGGCAUAGAACUUGCUUGUGAUUGAUAAUGGCAAUGUAUAACUUGUAAAAAAGCAAAAUGAUUAAAAAACAUGAAAAAUGAAGAAAAUAAGUAAAAAAAAAAAAAAAAAAUCUGUUACCAGUCAGAGGCCAAGGUAAAGGACUCUCAUUUCUUUGUGUUUUUAUUUUUUUAUUAGCAAUUUAUCACUGUGUGAUAUUUUGUACAUCAUAUUAAGCUGUAUUCAAACAAUUUCCUCUAACUACAAGGGAUAAGAGACCUGCUUUUUAUUAAUUUUGUUUUAUUAUAUAUUUUUGAACUGCAUUCUAGCUUGUAUCAAAUGACUUUCUCUUUUUGUUUACGGGUCCCCUGUUGUAUGUCAUUAAGGAAGAAAAAACAAAAAAUGAAGAUUUUGUACAGUGAAUUGAGAA